UGGUCGCGGGGCCGCGCCCCCCGCACCAUGUCGGCCGAGAGGCGGCUGCACUCGGGCCGAGGCGGAGAGGGCAUCAAGUUGUCAGCAGAGGUCAAACCAUUUGUUCCAAAGCAUGCGGCGGUAACUGUGGCAUGGUCAGAACCCUCAGAAGCAUGUGUCUUUCCUAGGUACUUAACUACAUGCUACCCAUUUGUUCAGGAACCAUCUUUGGAUAAUGUUCUGGGAGAUCCUGCCUUCCGUGAAUAUUCCAGCUGCUCUUACUCACCUGGUGUUGUUGCAAAUGGGUAUCCAGUAGCUGGCUCACAGUAUCAGUCUAACAACUCAACACACUCUAAUGGUUCAGGAAUAGUCAGUGAAUCUCCUGAGCAAACAUAUCCAGUCAGAAAAGAAAGUAAGACUCUUUCAAAGCAAAGGAGAUCAAAAGAAGGUGAGAAAAAACUGGACAAGAAAAGGCAUGAUGGAGGUGGAGCUUCUGUCAGAAUUGUGAACAGGACUUCAUUCCAGACUUCAGCAUGCAGCAGAGAUUCCAUGAAGCCAGACAGGUUCAGUAAAGCUACCAAGAAGUCAACUGACGCUCCAAAACCAGAGUCUCAUUCUCUACCCACAUUUGAGGCUAGCAUUCUGGAUUUCCACAAGUCACAGAGUUUGGGAAGCAGUGAGAUACUGAAUGUACACCAUAAAAGUACACCAGAAGAUACUUCUGCAAAAAGCAAAGCUUCACCAAAAGCUUCAGAUGAAGCAGGAGCCAAUUUAAUUCCCUCUUCACUUGAUGGUAGGGCACCUGCAGAUGGCUCUGCUCAGCCACAUGUGUCUUGGGCCGUGAUACUUUCACAGCCCCCAAAGAAAAUUGUUUCAUCACCAGCAUCUGAAGGUCUUUCCAGAGGCAAAGGGAAGCAAGAGAGUGAACCAAAGCAGUCAGAAACAAAAAAUGUUGCAAGUGAAACUGAGCCUGAAGAAGAGUCAGAAAAGAAGAAAAAAAAGAAGAAAAAGAAGAAAAAGCUGAAGUCACCCGCUGAUGUAGAAGGACCUCAGAGUGAAUCUAACAUAAUACAGAAACCACCAAAGAUUGAGGAUGUUGAGGAGUUUCCUCAUCUGGGGGCUGCUUCUGAUAGAAGAAACAGGGUAGGACCUCAGAAACCAUCCUUUACUUCUGCAGUCAGAAGGCAGUCUGAAAUCCAUCUCUCCAAAGAGCCUUGUGAUAGUUGGUCCCCCUCUCUGGAUGAAACUCCCAAGGUGGAUGGACUGUCAGGGAAGCAAGCUUCACCUUCUGUAUUAGAAAGAAAGAAAACCCAGGAAACAUCCAGGAGCAGUGGUAAGAAGAGUCAAAUUCCAGUACAGUUGGAUUUGGGUGGUAUGCUUGCAGUCUUGGAGCAGAAGCAGCAAACAGAGAAGUCAAAACAGUCUCUUAAACCUGUGGUACUUUCAGUUGGUGGUGCCAUGCCAUUGCUAUCUAAAGACCCUGCUACCGCCACAAGAACUCACCGUUUAAACCAAGGAAAGAUGCCUCAUAAUCCCUUGGAUUCCAGCGCUCCUUUGGUAAAAAAAGGCAAACAGAGAGAAGUACCUAAAACCAAGAGACCAACACCUCUUAAGAAGAUUAUUCUGAAAGAAAGAGAACAAAGAAAACAGCAGCACCUGUUAGAACAGAAAGCAGCACCAAAAGACGAAGAUAACAUUUCUCAGCCAGCAGGAAAUGUUACUGAAAAUGCAACACUUCUACAGGAUAGUCAAGCAGCUGUUCCGGUAACGCAAGUUGCUGAAGGAUUUCCGGAGCACACGGGGAUCAAGGAAUCUAAUGAAGGUUCUGUGACUUCAAAGCAGCUAACUGCCACUCUUCCAAAAAUCCACAGCAGGAAUUUUAGAGAUUACUGCAGCCAGGUACUUAGUAAAGAAGUUGACAGCUGCGUGACAGAUCUCUUGAAAGAGCUGGUUCGUUUCCAAGAUCGCUUAUAUCAGAAAGACCCAGUAAAAGCCAAGAUAAAACGCAGGCUUGUUAUGGGUCUUAGAGAAGUUCUGAAACAUCUGAAGCUGAAAAAACUGAAGUGUGUCAUCAUCUCUCCUAACUGUGAAAAGAUUCAGUCAAAAGGUGGGCUGGAUGAGACUGUACACAACAUUAUUGACUGUGCCUGUGAGCAGAAUAUCCCAUUUGUUUUUGCCCUGAAUCGCAAGGCCCUGGGCCGCUGUGUGAACAAAGCAGUGCCUGUGAGUGUGGUGGGAAUUUUCAGUUAUGAUGGGGCUCAGGACCAUUUUCAUAGAAUGGUACAGCUGACAACAGAGGCUAGGAAGGCCUACAAAGAUAUGAUAGCAGCUUUAGAGGAAGAAGCUAAAGCAGGACUAAGAGAAACCCAACCCAGCAUCCUAACUUCUGAAUCUGAAAAAAAUGGCUUCUUAGAAACUUGUAAAACGUCUUCCAAGGACUCAGAUGAGGAUCUACCAAAUUACAUUAAAGUCUGGAAGAGAAAACUUGAAGAGGAAUAUAACCCUUAUGCACUGGAAUUGGAAAAGAGUGCAACUGCUGACAUGGCCAUACUAAAUUUGGAAGACCAUCAGUAAAUCCAGAUCCAGGUCUAUUGGGCUUUUAAUUUUUUCUUCUGUUAGAUCCCUAGUAAGAAGAUAGCAAAAUAACAUAAUCUAAAGAAAUACCUGAAGUUAGCUAAGCAAACUGUUUUGAAUCCCUUUAAACAAAAUGCACACUGGAGCACAUGAGGCACUGGUUAAUGUUCUUAUGUUUCUUUGAUUAUUAUAGCAGAUGACAACACCAAAUUGUUGUAGCCCCAAACCACUCGAACUGGCUUGGCAUAUUUUAAUAGUUUUAUGGACUAGCAUUGUUUUCCUGGGGUAGAAUAUACCAAAAGAAUCUGGUAGAAAAAUCAUUUUUGUCUGGAAGAGAUUUCCUUGAGCCAGAAGGGGCUAAAGGAGAGUUGCCCUUAAUUUUUAACUUAAUUUUUAACUCCUGUAUAAAAAAAAACUUCUGCUGUUUUUUGAUUGUAGGUUUGUUCUUAGUUUUUCUUCUAAAUAAGCCUACUCAGAAGGGCAGGCUGCUAUCAAUGUCACUUUAUUCUAGUCAGCAACAAAUUAAUUUGGGACAGGUAGCUUGAUUUAAACUAAUUAAGGAGGACCACUACUACGAAGUUCUUAGUUAGCUCUUCUGUGUUGUUAUUUGGGGAUCAUAUAUCAGGUGUGAAGGAGAUAGCACAAACUACAAAGGUCUGCAAUUCCUGAAGUGAAUGUGCUUUGUUUAGCCUUUUUAUAAAUUUGAUGUUUCUGUUGCUACUGAGAGUAGUUUAUAAUACAUCCUGCUUUGAAGUUAGAGGAUAUUGCAGGACAGCAAAUGUGCUGGCCUGCUUAUCUGUACCUUCUCCUUGCUGAGACUCCUCAUUCCUUCAGUUUGGGGCUGUAUUGGUAUAUACAUCUAUGAUUUUUUGAGUAAUCUUAGUUUGUAUCUAAAUAGAAAAAAAAUUAUAUCUUAUAAGAAAUGAAGUUUGUAUCCUAGAGGAAAUAAAAUUUUAAAAACAAAAUGUGCUUAUAAUAGUGGUGGAGCACCUUAGUGGGAAUGGCCUAUAUAGGCCCUGUUUUUUGAGGACAAGGCUAAAGAAAGUACAGUAAUUUCAUUACUAUAAGGCACACCGGAUUAUAAGGCGCGCUUCUGAGUGUUGGCAAAUUUCCGAACUUUUGCCGAUAUAUAAGGUGCACCGGAUUAUAAGGCGCACUUUUUUUGCAGUGAGGAUCCACUGCGGACUCCCCCCGUGCGGCUGCCAGCUGUGGCCCUGCCUGCACCCCUGCUGGCCCUGCACCACGGCCCUGCUGACCCUGGCCGCACCCCUGCCGACCACACUACUGGCCCUGCCUGGACCAAUGCUGGCCACGCUGCUGGCCCCGCUCGCACCCCCGCUGGCCCUGGCCGCACCCCCACUGGCCGCGCUGCUGGCCCUGCUGGCCCCUCCUGCGCUUGUGCCGGCCACACUGCUGGCUCCACUCGCACCCCUGCUGGCCCUGCUCUCCCCACUCGCGCCCCCAUCAGCCACAUUGCUGGCCCCGCCUGCGGCCCUGCUGCUGACCCCGCCUGCCCCUGGCAGCUGUGGCCGCGCCAGCCCCUGCCGGCCGCAGCUCUGCUGGCUUCCCCCACAGUUCGGCUUGCAGCUCACACUUCCGGGUUGGCAAAUUUCCGAACUUUGUCCAUAUAUAAGGCGCACAGGAUUAUAAGGCACGCUUUCGGAUUUCCAUCAAAAUUUUAGUCAAAAGGGUGCGCCUUAUAGUCGUGAAAUUACUCUAAUUGGAGAGAUGCACAUGUAACUUGUGUCAGCUUUUCUGAAGGGUGAUACAGAUGCCAUGAGCUGCUCACCAUCUCUGAUAUGUGUCUGCAAGUCCUUCACCAUACUAAACAUUUGUAGUGCAAUAUUUUGGAAAGUAGUUGCCUUGUGAUGAUAGAAGUGAUGUAAAAAACUUUAAAUAAUUUUGACAUGCAAACAAUUUUGUAGAAUAUAAAUUGUAUAAAAUCUGUUACAAUAUAUGGAUUCUAUAAAGAAUGCUUGUGACUUAAGUAAGCGUGUCUUGUGGGAAGUGAGUGAUACUUGAAGUGUCACUUUUGGGAAAGAACACUGACAAGGGGAGCCAGCCUCAUGCUGAAAUGCACUGGUUAUGAUGAUGAUGAUCUUUUUUGUGUUAGUUCCUUCUAAUCUUAAAUGGAAAUUGGGGGUGAAAGGUCUCAGUGACAAAAUAUGCUUUUGGCCAGCAUAUACCCUUGAUGCAAAGAUAAGUUGUAAUUUUUUCAUUUGUACCUGUGCCGCUUGGAUACACAUCGGAAAUUCUGGAGCUGCUAAACAGAGUCAUUGCAUUGAAUGAGGAACCAGUUGGUAAAGAAGUUUAGUUUUUUACUAUGUUUUCUAUUGUGUCUUACUGGAGAAGAACAUAGUGUUGUUCACAAUCUUAGGGACUUACUUCCAGUUCUUAGAGGGUAUUAAAAAAAUUUACUGUAA